AUCUCUUUGUUAACUUUUAGCCUUUGUGCUUUUUGUAUCUCAUAUAUUUGCAUGUAUUUGGCUUUUUGUAGGUCUUAAUACUUACUAAAAUUAUUAAAAAUCAUGGCUUUCAAUACGAAGUAUAUAAAAUCUUGAUUGGUAAGUUUAAUAUUUAAACUCUUAUUAUUUUGCUACUGUAACUAUGAUAACAGUUGGUUAUGGAGAUAUAAAUCCUUAAAAUAAUAUUGAAAUUGUAAUAUGUAGUAUUGCUAUGAUGAUAGCAUGUGGUGUCUUUGCUUAUGCAGUAAACUCAGUAGGAACUAUUUUUUAAGAAUUUUUCGCUUUCGAAAAAGAAUUAAAAUAUAAUAUGAAUGUAAUAAAUACAUUUAUGGCAAACAAAAAAAUAUCAAGAAAAUUACAAGAAUAAAUUUAAUAAUAUUUAGAUUAUUAUUGGAGAGAAUAAUUAACUAAAAACAGUGAUUUGGAAUAAAAAAUAAUAAACUAACUCUCUGAUAACCUUAAAGAGUAACUAUUAAUGGAAGCAAAUAAAUAAAUAUUAAUAAAUACUCCAAUUUUUAAGACAAAUUUUAGCGAAAAUAUCAUUCCUAGGAUAAUUCCUUUAAUAAAAGAGCUCCAUUAUACUCCAAAUGAGAAAAUAUUUGACCAUAGUGAUAUAAUCGACAAUCAAAUAUACUUCAUAGAAAAAGGGAAAGUUGAAAUCUGCAUAAACUACCGUAACCCCUGCCUAAGAAAAGAAAAAGCUCAAACAAAAAUGUAUUAGUUAACAUCUGGAGACAACUUUGGUGAACUGGGUUUUUUUACUGGACUAGGAAGGAACUUUACAAUAAUAACAUAGUCUUUUUGUUCUCUCUUGACAAUAAAAAGAGCUGAUUUUAUCCAACUUUUAUAAGAAUUUCCUGAAGACUACGAAAAAUUUUGCUAUAUACGCGAUAUGAUAUUAUACCAAAAUGACUAUCAAAAACUGGGUUUAAAAUGUUUCUGUUGUUUAAAACAAAACCAUUUAAUAGACUAAUGUCCUAUAAUACAUUAUAUCCCCAAUAAAUUUAAAACUAUAUAUAAUGAAUCAAUUGGCGCUCCAUAGUUUCAUCGAUAAAAAUGUGUCAGAAAAAACAAUAAAGCAUAACAUAAAAAUAAAACUAGAACAAUUUAAGAUGACGCACUAAAUUUUGUAGAUGAUUAUGAAGAUAUUAUAGACUUAUAUAUUAAAUAGAAUAUAAAUUAUGAUUCUGAUAAUGAUGAAGAAUAAUCAGAUGAUAAAUUACCUUAUUUAACAAAUGAAAAGGAAAAUUUGUAAGAAAAAAAAGUAAAGAAUACUGUAUAUAGUGGAAAAAAAUAAAAUAAAAAUGAAAUAUACAAUAAGAAAUUAACCAAUUAUUACUUUAAGUUAAUUAAAGUGGUUUUUUGA